GCAAAGAAUAUGUCUGUGUUGUCAGAUUACAUAGUGCUAUUGAAAAUGAAGCCAAGUUAGCUAGGGUGAUAGAGACGUUGACAGGAGCAGUGUUUCAAAGACCGCCACUCAUAUCAGCUGUCAAGCGACAACUCAGAGUGAGAACAAUAUAUGAAAGUAAACUACUUGAAUAUGAUGAAGAAAGACAUUUGGGUGUUGUGUGGAUUAGCUGUGAAGCCGGGACCUACAUCCGUACACUAUGUGUACAUAUGGGUUUACUGCUUGGUGUUGGUGGGCAGAUGGCUGAACUUAGACGGGUCAGAUCUGGUAUACAGUCUGAAAGUGACAAUAUGGUGACGAUGCAUGAUGUAAUGGAUGCUCGAUGGCAACACGAUCAUAAUAAAGAUGAAUCAUAUUUGAGAAGAGUUGUUAAACCGCUAGAAGCGCUAUUAGUAUCACACAAGAGGAUUGUGUUGAAAGACAGUGCU